AUGGCGGAUAUAUCUUCCAGCACCAUUUCGCAGCAGUCAUCCGGGAAGGAAGCGGCCGCCCUAAAGAUAGCUCCAGAGACUCCACGGUCUCGGGAUCACAUUGCGGAUUGGAAAUGGAAAGGCAGUCUCGCGGCUGUCAUGCUGACAACGGUUAUUAAUGGAUAUGAUGUGAGCAACGUGGCCAACAUCCAGCCACGACUAUACGAGGCCUUUGGUGACAUUGAACUCCUUCCAUGGAUUGGCCUGUCGUUCAGCUUGGCUGUCUUUGCCUUCCUAUCCUUUUCUCGGAAGAUUCUAUACUGUUUCGACAUGCAAUGGAUCUAUAUCAUCAGCGUUAUCGUCUUCAUGGUCGGGGCUGCCGUGGCGGGAGCGGCUCAUAAUUUAGCCACUGUUAUUGUCGGCCGGACAAUCAUGGGUGUCGGCGGUUCUGUGAUUUAUCAAAGCAAUCUGACAUUUGUCGCUGUGUUCGCUACCCCAGCAGAGACACCACGUCUUUUUGGACUCUUGGGUGCAUUAUGGGCUGUAGGCCUCGUCAUCGGUGGCCCGAUCGGGUCAGCUCUUGCCUCGAACAGUGCCACAACCUGGCGAUGGGCCUUCUAUAUGAACCUACCAUGGGCUGGCCUCGUCCUUGUUAUGGCAUUCAUCUGCAUGCCUAGCAAAUACUUAGGACCGGACAUUCCAGUAUGGUCCCGCAUCGCAAGGAUCGAUCCGAUCGGCAUUACGAUGAACAUCGCCGUACCGGCUCUAUUCUGCAUUGCACUGGAGUUCUCCGGACCUGUCUGGGACUGGGGUUCCGGUUCAUCUAUCGCGGUGUGGGUAGUCUUCGGCGUGCUGCUUGUUGCCUGGAUCGUCCAACAAUGUUGGUGCAUCGGAACAACUCCCGACGAACGUGCCAUUCCAGUCCACCUGUUCCAUCGCCUCGAUCUAGUGCCGCUGUGGAUCGCAUCCGGAUGCGCAGGCGCAUCAUACGCUGGGACAUUGUACUACACCCCGCUCUUCUUCGCCUUCGCUCGCGGCCACAGCCCUUUACAACAAACUGUCCGUCUUCUCCCCUUUGUCGUCGUCUUCAUAGUAGUUGUUUUGUUAGUCGGUGGGCUCCUACCCUUGUUCGGCCGCUACAACCUAAUCUACAUCAUCGCCGGCAUGGCGACCGUGGCGGGAGCAGGCGCCAUGGCCGCAACACUCAGCCCUACUGUCCCGGAAUCGCAAGUACUAGGCCUCGAAGCUCUCAUUGGAGUCGGGCUCGGCUGUUCAUACCAACAUGGUGUUGGGAUAUCCAACGUGAUCAAUAAAGAUCCACGUGAUAAGGUGGACAGUGUGGUCAUGUUCAAUUUGGCGCAGAUGGGCGGUAUUACUGUUAUUCUCUCGAUAGCGGGCUCGAUCUUCCAGAACGUGGGGUUCCAUCUGUUGAAGGAUGCAAUUGGAGGUAAUGGGUUCUCCGAAGAGGAUCUACGACAGGCGCUGGCCGGUGUAUCGUCUGUUGUGUGGGAAUCUGAAGAUCCGGACGUGCUUGCUCGUGGGGUUGAGGCUGUUGCCGAUGUGCUUGCUCGAGAGUACUAUUUGGUUGUCGCUGGUGGGGCACUUUGUUUUGUGUGUGGGUUGGUCAUGAGCCGAGGUCAGAGCGCCAUGGCAUUCCUAUAUCAGAUGCUAGGAAGCAAGGUCUGGCCACCACGGGACACAACGCCCGAUCUGACUGGGCGGACUCUACUCAUUACAGGCGCGAACUCCGGUCUUGGUUAUGAAUCAGUGAUCAAAUUCGUUCGUGCCUCUGCCAAAAGAAUUAUCAUUGGUGUACGGUCGGUCGAGAAGGGCGAGGAAGCCAAGAAGGCCAUUCUCGCUCAAGCACCCCAGAGCAAUGUUAUCAUAGACGUGUAUCAUGUAGACAUGGUAGACUACACCACAAUUGAAGCUUUUGCGUCUCGCGUCCACCGGGAGGUGGAACGCUUGGACUAUGUUGUCCUCAACGCUGGCAUUAGCCCUCACGCUUACAGGCAAUCGGCCUACGGAUUCGAAUCAGGUAUCCAGGUUAACCUGGUCUCGACGACGCUUUUAGCUUUACUUCUGCUGCCGAAGCUAUUGGCCAGCCAGACUGACGAUUUCACCCCUGUGCUUGAAUUGGUGGGGUCCGGCACACACCAACGGAUUCCAGCACUGCUGCCGGACACCGAUGAUCCUGAUCAAGAUAUCCUCGAGGUUUACAACACAGAAACUUCAUUCAAAACAUUUGGGAUUAUCCAGCAGUACUCAUUAACAAAGCUCUUUCUCAUGUAUGUGCAGUGGCACCUUGUGAAGCUUGUUGAUAACAGAGUCUCUGGAUCACCGCGAGUAUACGUUGUGGUUGUUGGCCCAGGCCCGACCCAGUCUGGGCUUAGUAGAGACUUUGACAAACACUCAUCUUUCGGAGUCCGCAUCGCUGUCAACAUGAUGAACCUUAUGAUGAAAACAUCCGAGCAGGGUGCAAGAACAUAUAUCAGUGGUCUUAUGCUUGGGCAAGAAGGCCAUGGGCAAUUUUGGCAGUGGGACUCGAUUAAUAGAAGGGAACACGGCGCUAAUGAGAGUGAACAACAGGCCUGCUAA